AUGGGUCUGCGCAACAUAGCUCCUCGUUCCGCUCCGGAUAGCAUGUCUGCUGACUACUCUAUAUCAACUAGCCUCAUUUCUCUUGUCCAGACUCUGGCUGCGGCCAUGGACCUUGAGCAUGUGGCGAUACCAGUUGUCCUUUCGCGGGAACGUCUUGCCGCCGCUCCGCGAGUACUCGCACCCGUCAACCGGGCAGAAGAAGCGGCCUUGGACGCUGCCCUUUUCGUGGCGGUCCCUGAUGUGACGGUCCCGGAGCGUCUUGGUGUCGAAGCCCUUGCCGCAGCUGCUGUACGGGCACGGGUGCUCCGUGGCGCGGUCCCGCUGAUCGUUCCUACCUGA